AUGCUCCCUCCCGGAGGGACCGCGGCGGUCUCCCGCGGGCCGGCAGGCGCGCGCGGCGGGCUCGGCGCGCCCCCACCCCCGUCGCGCCCCGCCCCGCCGGGUCCGGCCGCGGCACGCCAGCGGCGCCUUUUCGGGCCGCGCACACUCGCACGCACACGCUCCUCCCGGCCCCGCCAUGUUCCGGGAGGCGGCAGCGGUGGCAGCCCAGCCCAGGGAGCGGUGGCGGGGGUCGCCCCGCUGAGUCCACCGCCCCCACCCAGUGCGGCGUCCCUCGCCCCUAGUGCCAGCUGCGCCGUGGCUCCUCGGGACUCUUGGAGGGACCGCGGCGGGCGGGGCGGACCCGCGCCGGGGCCACUAACGGCCUGUCACCGUCAGCCUGGCGGCGCCUCCGGCUGGACGUGA